AUGGAGGAAACUUUUAGAAGUCUGAAAAAGUCCACCACCACUGCAAACACAAUCAAGGAGAGCGGUCAGAUAUGCAAGAGGACGUACCAUGGGAUCUACAAGAGCAAGUCGGGAAGAUAUGCAGCUAGGAUAUGGGACCCACUGUCCAAGAAGCGGCACUGGCUCGGAACCUUCGACAUUGCCGAGGAGGCGGCUUGGGCCUAUAACAUGGCUACUAGUGCCAUGGGCGAUCUCAAGCCCUCUGCCAACUUCGUUUACACCACUCCUGUUGAUGAUCAUUACAACAACAUGAUGUACAAGCCAUCUGAGCCGUCCACUGGAGCCUAUAACGUCGCAUCUUGA